GGAGUGCUCAACAGGUUGCUGUGCCCGCCCCGCCCCCACGACACCGACACCUCAAAGAAAAUUCAAGAGGCAUCACCUCUCGGCCUGCUGGCUAAGGGCAAGGUUCUCAGUGUCAGUCCACCCAUAGCCACCUACCAUGGUGGUCAAGGAUCAGCCGCAGCAUACUCAGCAGGGCAUGCAUGUCACCUCCCUCCAGGCCUACCACAGCUGCCUCAAACCCCAGGGUUCCUCACUGGGGCUGGCUACCACCUGGGCCCCUCAGAGGCAUCUCUCCUUGGGAGUCAGAGAUUUACAGGGUGCCCUCUGCUGCCUCCUGGCCAAGCAGGAACAGCACUUCAUUUUGCUGCCAUUAUUGGAGACAAGAAAAAGUUAGCUGUUGCCCUACAAGAUAAGAAUGUUAACCUUGAAGCCCGGGAUCGCUGGGGACGCGUUGCUUUGGUGUUUGCGGUGCUGGGGAACCACCAGGAAUGUGUUGAGUUGCUGCUGCAUGCUGGGGCCAAGCCUGAUGCUGUAGAUUCUCACAGACGCACUCCUUUACAUUUUGCAACGUAUAAAGGUCACUUGUUUUGCAUCAAAGCCAUUCUUCAUGCAAUAGAGAGCAAGAACACUUCACACACUGAGCAUUGCAAUGGCAUGUGGCUGGCUCAGGAUGUGCGAGGCGUGACACCGCUACACCACGCAGCCGUCCAUAGCAACCAUAAAUGCCUCCAGGCUCUCCUCAAAUAUGCAGUUCCAGGAACACUGGAUACAGAAGACCACAAAAAGAGGACUCCCCUUCACUGGGCUGCAGCAUAUGGAUCCCAGGAGAAUGUACGACUCCUCAUAAAGUAUGGGGCCAACAACCUUAUGCCUGACCAGGAAGGCAAAACCCCUCUACACUGGGCAGCCAUGAGCGAAGUGGAGGGAGCAAAGGAUUGUGUGCGUACAUUGAUAGGUGCAGCACCUUCCAGUGUCAAUUGGCAGGACUAUGAUGGCAUAACAGCCCUACACUUAGCUGUGGCAGAAGCAAGGAAAGACACAGUGGAUGUGAUACUGUCAGUCCCAAACUGCAAUGUUGCUUUAACAGAUAACCAGUUCAGAACUGCUUUGCAUUGGGCCUGUAGCAGGGGGCUGAGUGCCAUUGCUGCCCUCUUGAUGAAGCGCAUUUCCCAAGUGGAUGCUGUUGACAUUUAUGGGGCCACACCACUCCACUAUGCAGCCCAGCACAACCAUGCAGAGUGUGUGGAACUGCUGAUGAGACGUCAGCGAACGAGGGACAUUUCCUCUUCAGAUGGUCAUACAUCUCUCAUGUGGGCUGCUGCACAAGGAGCUGACUCAGCCCUCACAGCAAUGGUGCGCCAAGGGGCCUCUCUAACCCAGGCUGACCCCAGGGGCUGCACUGCAUUGCAUAUUGCUGCAGGUACAGGACACAGCUCUACUGUCAGGCUUUUGUUAUGCCUUCAAGCACCCCCAGAUGUGUGUGCUAAUGAUGGAAGAACACCUGUGCACUUUGCUGCCCGAGCAGGACACACACAGAUAGUGAAAGAGCUGGCUAAGGCUGGAGCAUCAUUGCAGCGAAGAGAUGAAGAGGGACAGUGUGCCCUCCACCAUGCAGUGCUUGGUGGUCACCUCUUCUUGGCUCAGAUCCUCAUAAGGGCUGGUACAUCUGUCAAUGUGCAAGACUACUAUGGCCGCACCCCACUCCAUAUGGCAGCAUACAGAGGCCUUAGUGACAUCAUGUUCCUCUUGCUGGAGAACCGUGGUGAUGUUAAUGCCCGAGACUUUGAGGGACUGAGUGCACUCCACUGGGCUGCUGAGCAAGGUCAUUUGGGUGCUGUCAACACACUGCUGGACUUCCAUGCUUACCCUAACUAUACUCAGUCAACUCCCAACAGGACUGUAAAUUUCAGAUAUACUCCAUAUGAUUGUGCAUGUGUGGCUGAACACCUGGAAGUGGCACAGGUUUUGGCAGAAGCAGGAGGAAUCUCAGUAACUGAAAUAAUGGAAGUUGCUGCAACCAGAAUUCAAGCUGCUGUGCGAGGCCAUUUAGCACGCAGCAAGUUGAAAAUGCAGCACGGACUUCAAGGGAAUCUAGAGGGAAAAACAUACAAGGAUGAGAAUGCCAGAGUUUCAAGAAAGCCAUUCAGUGAUCUCAGCAUAGAUACCUCUUCCAAUAAGCUGUCUUGUAGUGAGACAGUAUUUGAAGGGAUCCACACCAGCAAGCAGACAAAGAACUCAGCUCCACCAGUCAUAACUGCUGUUGAUGCAGGGAACAGAGAGGAAAGGGGACUAGCUUCCAAACCUAACCUGGCCAUGUGGUCUGCUGCCUCUGCCCCUGACCAUGGCCCAUACAACUCUGUGUCUGGCCAGCGACGCUCCAAGGCCCUGCCUGCCAGCAUCAUGAGAGGAGCUGGCAAGAAGACUCUCCGCAACUUAGAACUGCCAGGACUCAUUGAAUUAGGGAUCAAGCAGCCUAGACUUCACAGAUCAUCAGAAUACUCUGAAGAUUCUGAUUCAGGGACAGAUACUAUUGAAGAACCAAGGCCUUUGGUGGCAGAUAUCUUGCAGCAGUCCAGCAGCAUUGCUACAGCUGUUGUUACAGCAGGAGGGAAUUUUCACCACACUCAUGAAGAGGACAAGCCUAAUGUGAUUUGUGGAAAGCAAAGUUAUUUUAAUUUAUCAGUGAAAACAAACACUGAAAUUGAGGUUCAGCAAGAAAAAAACUCAGAAUCAAUUUCAGAUGCAGAAAAAAUAAUGAGAAAUUACUGUAAAGCAGAUGGCUAUGAAGAUGAAGAGAAUAGCUCUCUGAGUUCAUUUUUGUCCAAAAGCCAUUUGAUUUCUUUCACCGAAAACCAAAUUAAGCAAGAAAAUAAUUAUCAAGAGAAACUCAAAGAUAGUCUCAAAGAUAGUAGCAGUGGAAUGAAAGAUAAUAAAAAUAAGAGAGUGAAAAUUAAAAAAGGAAAGCAAACACUUGAAGAAAAAAAUUCAUCUCAGUGUACGAAUGAUGAGAUCAUGGGUCCCAAAAACAUUGGCAGACUGGUGGGUGAAAGAAGAGUGUUGAGUGAAGAGGCCGUGAAGCAAGCUGAGCGGAAAUGGAAGAACAAACUUGCAACAGUGACCUUGCAGAGAAUGCAGGGGGCUGAUGGAAGUAAGUCUGAGGUGACAGUCCCGUACAGCCUUAUGAAGCCACACAACCCUGCACCACCAGCCUCAGAUUGCAAGGUUGAUGCCAGCAGUAUCACCACCAGCUGAAAGGAUGCAACUGGCCACUAACAGUAUUGCUUCAGUUGCCUCUCUUUGUUGCUCAUAAGUCACAUGCAGCUGUGUUAUCUUGGUGCUAUUUCCUAACACACACACACACACACACACACACACACACACACCACCACCACCACCACCGCCGACGGAAGAGAACGGAUGUGGACAGACGAGGUGGAGAUCAACAAUCUAUUUGCCAGUCAAGUAGGGCCCAAGCAACAGCUAAGUAGAUUAGUCCUGCCUCCUAGGAGUCUAGAAAUUGUGAGGAAAAUGAGAGAGUGAGAAGUGAUAAGUUUAACGGGGAGGAGAAGGAGAAGGAAGUGGGAAGGAAGGUAAACAAAAAUCCAAGAUGGCAUCUCCAAAUUGGCAGGACUGUGAUAAAAUAGUGAUAGAAAUGAGAAAGUUAAGAGCAGAGUUUGGGGAAGUGAUUCAGGCACUGACCAAAGUGAAAAAGAGAGAUGAUGAGGCAAGGAGAAGAGACGAGGAGACAGAGAAAAUGGUAGAAAACUUGAGAGAAGAAAUAAUAAAAUUGACUAAGGAUCAGUUAGAAAGCCAAAAAGAAAUAGCACAACUAAAGAUGUAAAAAUCAAAAAAAGACCAUGAGAUACAAAUUUUGAAAAUGGAAAGAGAGAGGAGUGUGAUAGGGACAAACGAAGACAUGGAGAAGAUGGAAGAAAUGAUAAAGAGGGAGGUAGCAAAGAAUAUAGGAAAUGAUCAGCAGAGUGUGGGUGUUAAGGUAGAGGAAAACAUUAAAGAUGUGAUUAAUGAUGAAUUGAAGGAGUGGGGAAAUGAAAAAGACAAGGAAAAAACGAGCUUUAGGGAAAUCCUAGAACAACAGGAACAGAGGCAAGACAUAGUAAAAGAAGUUGUGAAUGUACUAAAAAAUAGAGAAACAAUGGUGAGGGACAUGGCAGAAAAGAAAAAGUGUAUUAUUGUGUUUGGUGUCAAGGAAGAAAAAAACCCAGUGAGGGCUCAGAGAGAGAGUUAUGAGAGGAGUAAGGUGGAAAAUAUAUUGAGAAGUAUGAAUACUGAAGAGAAGGAAAAGAUAGAGGAAGUAAAUGAAAUAACUAUAUUGGGAAGAUACGAGGAAGGAAAAAACAGACCACUAAAGAUAAAGCUAAGGUCCCAAAUGGCAACAGAAACAAUACUAAAUAAGUCAUGGAAAUUAAACAACUCUGAAGAAUAUAAGCAAAUAUAUGUGAGGAGAAAUAUGUCCGAGGAUGAAAGAAUGAAAGUAAAGGAAAUGAUAAAUGAAGCAAAAAAGAGAAAAUUUAAUGGUUAAAGAUCAGAAGAAAAGAAGAAUUUUUUGGGGGGGGGAAUACGGAACGAAAAACUGAUGAAGUGGUGGAUCGGAGGCGAAAAGAGGGAGUAAUGGUGUUCAUAGAAAGGGGAAAUAAAGGGAGAAGGGAAGAAAGGUUUAUAGAUUGCGUACACAAACAUAGAUGGUCUUGUAUCAAAGAAAAUUUAACUAACUGAUUAUUUAACCCCUUCAAAAACCGAGAACACGUAUACGCGUCCUUGCAUGCCCCAUACCAUAUCUGAGGACGCGCAUACUGCAUCCUGGCUUGCUUUAGCUAGCAUAUGAGUUAUUUCUUCCCGGAUAUUGUACGAUUUUUUUAGGAGGUUGGUUGUAUAUGAUACAGUGUCUCAUUUGACUUUCAAUGUUAUUAUUGUGUAAGAACGCAAGUGUGUCUUGCACACAUUUGUACUUCACAGUAACAAUCAAUUCUAACAGAAAAUAAAAAAAUAAUGAGAAAGAAAUAAUAUAUGUGUAUGUGUGUGGAGUUCCUCUUCCCUUGCAUUGCCAAGUGGCUGGCUAGUGCAUUGUCUCACCACCAACGUGGCUUUGUGAUGCGGGCUCGUGCGGGAGCUGCGGCCUCCCCUCCCUGCCUCCCCCUCACAUUUAUCCCGCUAUCUCUGUUCUCUUUCUUUCUUCCUUCCCUUCCUUAUGCCUCCUCCCUGCAGUGUGUGUGUGUGAGAGAGAGAGAGAGAGAGAGAGAGAACUCUCGAUUUA